AUGGGGUUCAACCCUGGCUCAGCCAAACUGCUCCUGGUACAGCCAUCCCCCUUCCUGCCUGCAGUCACAAUCACCCCCCACGAUACAGAGGAGGACAGCCGCCUGCAGAUGAAUAAGAUCCGGGCACAACUCAUCGGGGCCUUCAAGGAGCAGAUGGAGAUGCGGUGCAGCCUGGUGGAGCUGGAAAACACCAACAUCGAGCUGCACAUGGACAUGUCUCGCCACCUGCUGACCAUCGCAGACUGGGAACGGGAGAAGACCCACCACCACGUGCACAAGGACAAGGGUGACCCAGAGAAGGAUGAGGAGCCUGCAGAUGCUGAUGUGGAUGAGGGCGAGUCUGUGGAGCCGCAUGAAGUGGUUCUGGCCAGAGAGGAAGUCGCCCUGCUUUUAGCUGAGCAGCGGAAAACUGCGGCCCUCAAGGCCGGGCUGGAGCAACGCCUGGCCCAUGCCAAGCAGAAAGCCUCACAGAUGGAGAAGCUGCUGCCUGAGCAAGUCACCAGUGAGGACCAGCGGGAGGUGCUGAGGCUGCUGUGCAGGGCCCACGAGCUAGAGGUGGAGAACACGGAGCUGCAGGCCAACAGCCUGUACUGGAAGAACUUGCUGUGCCAGAAAGACUUUAUGAUCCAGCGCUACCACCAGCACCGGCUGCUCUGUGAGCAGGUCAUCCAGGAGCAGCGGCAGCUGAUGCAGGGUAGGCCACCUCUGGGACGCGCUAUUCAUCAUGGUUGUUUUCUGGAACCAUGCCUGCCUUCACAAACCCCAGCAGUCCCCAGUGGCAGCAGAGCAGAGACAGCAGGCAGCUCCUCCCUUCCCCUCUGGGAGCCUGGCCACUGCCAACUCCCUGCGUGUGCUCUCUAGAGGUCUGUGCAAAGAGAUAGUGUUUGGAUGGGGGUUUUACACCCACAUGAGCAUGUCACACACCCUUACCUUCUUUUUCAUUGACUUCUUUUUUAUUGAAACUGCCCUUUAAGGGGACAAUGAACCGCCUUAUCUGUAGAAAUGCCUGCACUUUCUUAACCAUCCAAUUGAGAUGUUUCUUCAUCUUGUAUUCUGAUACCCACCCCUGUGUCUCCUCUUGUUCACAUGUUUGUGCAAGUGUGUAGCAUCCUGAGUGUGUGCAGAUACCAUAGUCAUCUUGUCCCUGCAGUCAACACUCACUAAAUUGCAUAAUAGUUUUCCUUUGGGGAGAUAUUACAUGAUUUUCUUUAUUAUGAGAAAAAGGCAUGAAUUAUAACAGCAUUAAUGAAUGUUCUGGAAAAGAUAGCAAGUCCCCUAUAACUCAACACCUUGCCUAGAAGCAGUGAAAUUAAUUUUGUCAGAGCUAUAACCGUACUUUUUUUUCUUUUUUUUUGCAGUGCUAGGGAU